CUAGGCAUACAGACUGCUUUUACAACCAUUUGUGAAAGAAUGGGUCGCUCUCAGGAGCUCAGUGAAUUCAAGCGUGGUACUGUGAUAGGUUGCCACCUGUGCAACAAGUCCAUCUGUGAAGUUUCCUUGCUAAUAAAUAUUCCACGGUCAACUGGUAGUGGUAUUAUAAGCAACUGGGAACAACAGCCACGAAAAAUGACAGAGCAGCAUGCCACCACUGGACUCUAGAGCAGUGGAGAUGUGUUAUCUGGAGUGACGAAUCAUGCUUCUCUGUCUGGAAAUCGAAUGGACGUGUCUGGGUUUGGCAGUUGCCAGGAGAACGGUACUUGCCUGACUGCAUUGUGCCAAGUGUAA